UGGUCUCCUUCUUCUAAUUUCUUCAUUCCCUUUAUUUCUCCACUCAAAUCAAGCUUCAAGCUAUGGAGCUUAUUCCCCUUAGCAAAGCCCACAAACUACAAAAGACACCAGUAAUAUUAGUGGUAGUAGGAACCUUUGCCAUGAUUCUUCUCACAUUCAUUCCUAUAUGUUACCCUUUACUAGGGUACCCUUUGUACUUGUUGCAAAAUUUUUCUAACUCACCACCCUCUUCAUCGCAUGGUUAUAAGGAUGCUAAGAAAUGCGAUAUAUUCUCUGGAGAUUGGGUGCCAAAUCCUGAAGCUCCAUACUACACAAACACAACAUGUUGGGCUAUACAUGAGCAUCAAAAUUGCAUGAAAUAUGGGAGACCAGAUACUGAGUUCAUGAAAUGGAGAUGGAAACCUGAUGGGUGUGAGCUACCUGUUUUUGAUCCUGCUCAGUUUCUGGAGAUUGUUAGAGGCAAAUCUAUGGCUUUUGUUGGAGACUCUGUGGGUAGAAAUCACAUGCAGUCCCUGAUAUGCCUUCUUUCCAGGGUAGAAUAUCCCAUAGAUGUUUCAUAUACACCGGAUGAGCAGUUCAAACGUUGGAGGUAUCCAUCUUACAAUUUCACCAUGGCCACAUUUUGGUCACCUCAUUUAGUGAAAGCAGAAGAAGCAGAUGCCAAUGGACCAACCCAAACUGGCCUUUUCAAUCUCUACCUUGAUCAAUUCAAUCAGGAAUGGACAACCCAGAUCCAAGAAUUCGAUUAUUUGAUCGUAAAUGCUGGCCAUUGGUUCUUUCGUCCAAGCGUUUACUACGAAAAUCACCAAAUUGUUGGCUGCCGCUAUUGCCUCCUACACAAUGUGACAGAUCUUCCAAUGUCUUAUGGCUACAAGAAAGCUUUCAGGACUGCCUUUAGAGCCAUUAAUAGCUUAGAGCAUUUUAAGGGCAUAACCUUCCUCAGGACGUUUGCACCUUCACACUUUGAAAAUGGGUUGUGGAACCAAGGGGGCAAUUGCUUGAGAACAAGACCUUUUAGGGCCAAUGAGAUCAAACUAGAGGGCAUAAACUUGGAGCUCUACAUGACUCAGUUGGAGGAGUUUAAGAUUGCUGAAAUAGAAGGGAGGAAGAGGGGCUUGAAGUUUAGGUUGCUUGACACUACACAGGCCAUGUUGUUGAGACCAGAUGGUCACCCCAGUACAUAUGGACAUUGGCCACAUGAGAACGUCACAUUGUAUAAUGAUUGUGUUCACUGGUGCUUGCCUGGACCAAUUGACACAUGGAAUGAUUUCUUGAUGGAGAUGUUGAAGAUGGAAGGUGACGGUCAUGAUGAGACCUUAAAUCAGGCGAAGCUUCAUUCGAAUGACAGGAAAAUGAAGUUCAGAUAAAUUCAAUUCUUUGUUUUUUGUCCUUUAUUAAUUUUUAUUAGUUAUUUAGUAGUUCUUAUUAUUGUCUUUGAUGGAAGUGGUAGCUUUGGAAAUCUUGGCACGAUGCAACGAAAUCGAAUGGAAGCAAAUUUAAUUAUUUUUU